ACCCAGGAAAAUUCUAUACCAUCCAAAAGGAGAAUGAUGAAUAUGUUGGGCACCUAAGGGGUUGUUUCAAUGAUGUGCUUGCACGAAUGAUGGAAGAUGAGACCAUUCGAAACAAAAUUGAAGAACAAUCCAUACUCUACGAAGAUCAACGUGGAGGCAUCUUCAAGAAUUGUAUGGCCCUCCAAACUAUGAAGUCAAAGAACGCUCUUGAUUGGUGGCGUGCGUAUGGUGGUCGAUCUAUUGACUUACAAAGAUUUGCUAAGCGUAUUGUUAGUCUUUGUGCUUCAUCAUCUGGUUGUGAGAGUAAUUGGAGCACUUUUGAAUUUAUUCAUACAAAGAAGAGAAACCGGCUAGAGCAUAAAAGGUUGAAUAAUUUGGUUUAUGUUGCCUACAACCGGAAAAUGACUAGUAGGUUCUAAAAAUGCCGUGAGGAAGCGG